CCCGCACACGCAGGCGCCUCGCGUAAAGGCCCCGGCCGGGCUCCCGCAGCGGUUGCCAUGGCGAGGGCGGGAAGCAACGCGCAGCGCGCGAGGCGGCUCGUCGCGGCCAAGUGGGCCGCGGCCGCACAGCUUUUUGCCGUAUGACAUGCAGAGGUCUGUGCGAUGAGGAGAGGCCAGCCACAGAAAACAUCCCUUGGAAGGCCACAGAUGUCUCCGUCCCGCUCUCGAAGUCCAAAGUCUCCUGCAAGCGCCCGUAGCAGGUCAUCAUCUCCACUGGACACAGACGGGGCUGUGCCGACCCACCAGCCAGCUGGUCAAAGAUAUCAAGGAGAGAGAGAUCGAGAAAGCGAAACAGAUGGCAGCCCAGGUAUCCGAUACAUAACAGAGCCUCUUCUUAAGAAGCUCGCCAAGCAAGAGACUCUGCCACGCAUAACUGCUCUGAAUCUUUCCCUUGGUAAAGAUGGAGGGAAGAAAUUUAAGUACAUAGAAAAUCUGGAGAAAUGUAGUAAACUGGAAGUCCUAAAUCUAAGUCAUAAUCGGAUCGAAAAGAUUGAAAAAUUGGAUAAACUUCUCAAGUUAUUGGACCUCAAUCUCUCUUUCAAUAAAAUAAGUAAAAUAGAAGGCAUUGAACAUUUACACAGUCUUCAGAAGCUGAAUCUGGCUGGGAAUGAGAUCGAACACCUCCCUGCGUGGCUGGGGAAGAAACUCCGGUCCCUUCGCAUCCUAAAUUUAAGAAAAAAUAAAAUCUCAUCACUCCAUGAAGUAGCCAAGCUGAAGCCUCUGAAAGAUUUGACUUCUCUGUUCCUGGCAGACAACCCAGUGGUAAACCUGCCUCACUACCGUCUCUACGCCAUCUUCCACCUGAGGUCACUGGAGGAUCUUGAGGGCCAACCGGUGACGAACUGCGACAGGGAAGAAGCCCUUGAAAGAUUUAAUUUAGAAGAGAUAGAACGCCUGGAACAAAACCUGGAACAGAUGACCCAGGAGAUAGAGCGCUUGCAGAGCAAAGAGUCUGGGUUGCUGGAGCAGGUCCGGCGACAAGAGGAGCAGAAUAAAUCCUUAAAACAGAAGCAAGAGGAGCAGAAACAGAGCCACAAGGACCUGGAGACCGAACUGGAAACCAAGAAUGAGCUGCUGAAGCAGAAAACCGUGGAACUCACUCGAGCUUGUCAGAAGCAGUAUGAGUUGGAACAAGAAUUGGCUUUCUAUAAAAUCGACGCCAAGUUCGAGCCGUUGGGCUAUUAUCCAGUGGAGGAUGUUGAAUUUGACAACGUACCAGGUGAAAGUCCUUACAUUGGGAAGGCCAGGUACAAAAGGAACACCUUUGCUAUGGAGGGUUACCUCCCCAGCAAGGCUCAGAAGAUGCAGGUGGGAAGCCUUGAGAAGGAGGAACGUCAAGAAGCCCAGCAGCUUAAACAGAAUCUUCUCCAGUCGCUUGAUGAACAGCUUGAGGAGAAAGAGAGGAAGAUUAAAGAAGCCCAGGAAAAAUUGGCCACGCUGCACAAUGAAGUCGCCCAAGCGGAGCAACAGGUCUUAAAAGUCACCGAGGAGCUUAAACAAGUCCAGCAUGCGGUUUCCCAGAAAAAUGUAUCUGAAGCAGAAAAGGAUUGUUUUCGGCAGCGACUGAGCAACAAGAUCCACCUCGUUCAUCGGUUACAAGAGGAGGCUCUGGAACUAGAGAGGCAGAUGCGGCAAAAACGGCAAGAAAUGGCGGAGAAGGACAAGGAGCUAGAAGGCUUGCAAGGUUCCCUAGAGUCUCUGGAUCCCAAAGACCCAAGACACGCUCAUAUGAAGGCCCAGAAAGCAAGCAAAGAGCAGCAACUCGACAUGAUGAGCAGGCAUUAUAAGCAACUGGAAAGCCGCCUGGAUGACGUGCUGUCCAGGAUCGCAAAUGAAACGGAGGAAAUCCGGGAUUUGGAGCAACAGCUCACAGAUGGCCAGAUUGCAGCCAAUGAAGCCCUGAAGAAAGACUUGGAAGAAGUCAUCCUGGGGUUACAGGAAUACCUCAAGAACGUUAAGAAUCAGACGAAGCAAGCUAACGAUGAGUGCAAAACGCUGCGGGAAGAGAAGGAAGCUUUGCUGAGAAGACUGGAAGAGGUAGAGGAAGAGAGGAACCAGCUGGAAAUAGUUGCCAUCGAUGCUGAAAACCUGAGAAAAGAAACUGCGAACCUGGAGCAGGCCCUCCAACAGCAACGUGAACUCAACGAGGCUUUGCAGGAAGCCCAAGGAGAGAUCAGCGCUUACGAGGCUGAGCUGGAAGCUGAGCUGAAGGCUCGAGACACUGAAGCCAGCCGGCAGAAGGAAGAACUCAGGAAGUUAAAGCAGGUUAUUCAGGUGGAACAGUCUCAGCUUGGCAAAGAGAGGCAGGCCCUCGAGAAUGCCUUGGCCAGAGCACGGCUGUGCGAAGAGAGGGAGCAGGAGAAUCAGCAGCUGGUCUCCCAACUCAGACUGCUUCAGGUGGAAUAUUUUUUCCCAAUGGCGUGCCAUAACUCGAAGGACAUAUUAGGGAAGAGCCUUGCGGAGCUGCAGAAACAGUUUGCCGAGAUCUUCGCUCGUUCCCAGCAAGAAAACGAAUCGUGCCAGGCCCGGGAGAGAUUGCUUCAGAAAGAGAUGGCUACUCAGCGGGCCGAGCUGGAAGAAGCCCAAGAAAAGUAUAAACUGGCCUGCAACAGAGCUGCAGAAGCCAAAAUUAAAUCCGAGAGGAGGCAGAACGAGGCUCGUGUUCAGCAGCUGGAGGGUGAAAUCCAACAUCUCGUUGAAAAGCUGAAGAGCAUGGAAGAAAUUCAGGGCCUCACCGACCAACAGCUUCAAGAAGCUGACGAGGAGAAAGAUCAAAUCCUUGCUGAGUUGGAAGACUUGGAGAAUACGAAAAAGGCGGAAGACGCGAGGGCACAGCUGCAGUUCCACAGCCUCAGCAAGGAGCUGAAGGCGUUGAAAGAAGCCAUUUCCGCUUCCGAUAAACAGGCCGCAGCCCAGCUCUGUGCGGCCAAAGACCAGCUCCAGUCGCUGCAUGGGACCGUAUGCAGGAUUAAUCGGGAACGUUCUGAGGAGCUUCAGGAGGCAGAAAAGUUCUGCAUGCAGGCCACGCAAGCGGCUAAGGAUCUGGCCAGAGCAGAGGCAGAAAUAGGCCUUUUGCAGAAGCUUCUCGGAGAAAAGGAGGCGCAGCUGGAAUUGGAGAAAGACGCCGCCGAGACGGCAGCUUGGCACUUUCAGAAGGAAGAGUGGGAGAAGUUGAAUGGGCUUCUGAAAUGGCAGAAAGCAGAAACGGACCGACUCCGCCGAGCCUUAGAUCAGGCCAAGAACGGCAACAGGGCUGAAAUGGAAGGCGUCCUGGGGGAAAUCGAAGGACUCCGGCGCACGCUCUCUCAGCAGAAUGAUACCAUCGCUCGCUUCGCGGCUCCACUCCAGCAGGGCCCACAGCUGGUUUUUGUGCCGUCCUCAUCCCAAGCGUCGACUCCUGCUUCCCAGAGCACCAAAGAUUCCGGCGUUAUCUUACAGUGUCCCGUGUCGACACCCGUCAUCAAACCGAACAGGAAGCUGAGCGAAAGCAGGAAAGCCCCUGAUCCUGCUUCAGGAGAGUGCUGCGUGCACGGCUCAGGCCCAGCUGGCCUGCAGGAACCCUCCUCUGGCAAAGGGCACCAGAGCGACGGGGAAACCCUGCCCGGCGCCGCUCCUUGCCUCCUGCCUCCCGGAUCCAUCAUCUACACCCUGCUGCCAGAUGGCAACCCAGUGCCCCAGGGGACGGUGCUGUAUGGCCUGCAGCCUCCUUCCGCGCAAGCCAGCGGAGGCCCAGUCACUCCCACAUCCGUGGUCUACGGUUCACCUCCCACCGGCGUCCAGCUGCACUACGGUCUUCUCCCUGCCAACUACUCGGUGCCACUGGUUCCCCUGGGGGUCCUUCAUUGCAACAUCCCGGACCACCUGAACUUGGAAAACGACAUCUUGAGGCUAGAAGACAGCCUGGAGACGUUGAGGUCUCGGCGACAGAAAGAUGAGUCCUGCAGAACUUCUCGUGCACCUAAUAAAGAGAUGGAAGAACUGAGCCAGGGCAUACAGGGCCUGUUGAAGGAGAAAGAAGAGCUGGAGUCCCAGGUCGCAGAGCUGCAGCGAGUAGCCCAGAAGAGAAGUCAACGCCACAUAGAUUUGAUCGAAGGGCGUGGGGAUGACCUCACUGCAGAGCUGGAAUUGGAAAAUUCGAUCCAGUGUCAUGAAAGUAUCAUGGAUGAAAUUGAAUGCGUGGAAAAGACGCUUUUGAAGCGACGGGCAGAACUCAGAGAGGCAGACUGUCUUCUGGCUGAAGCCGAAACCGAGCUGGAAAAUACUCGAGGAAAGACCAAAGAGACUAUUCAGAAAUACAACACCGCUAAGCAGCAUUUGUCUCGCACCGAGAAAGAAGCUGAGGAACUUGAACGGCGGACUCAGGAGAUGGCUGUAAGGCUUGUGAAGGCAGAUCAGGAGCUCAGGUUUCUUCAAGCAAACGCCCAGGAUUUACAACAGCACAAAAUGGAACAAGAAGGAAUUCUGAAAGAAAUCAACCAAAUUGUAUCGGCAAAAGAUUCUGAAUUUCAAGUCUUGAGCCAGAAGAUAGAAAUAUUGACCGAAAGCCUUCAGAAGCUGCAGACAGGCAUCCAAGUGGCCGAAGGCAAUGAAGAUCACCACCUUCAGAUCCUCAAAGAAGCAGAGAACAUCCUUCUGAGCAAAAAGCACGAUUUAGAGAGACUAAAAGAUCAGACCGCCGUUCAGCAGCAGGAGUUACACCUGGUGGACAGAUUGCUCGAUCAAAAAAGGAAGGAGCUACGUCUCCUCCAAGACAGCAUUGCUGAGAAAAAUGCCAACUUUGCGGAAGCUCUCAGGAGCGGAGAGGCAGAGAUCACGGAAAAACGGCAACUAAUAAAGGAAAUGAAGGCUUUUCUCGAAGACCUGAGUGUUCAGAAGGGAGAACUCAACGCCCAGCUAAGCGAGAAACGAUCCCAGCUUUCUCUCGUUUUGCAGAAUAUCCGGCAAGAUGAAACAAAACUACAGGACAUCCUGGAGCUGAUCAAGAAGCAUAAGACAGAACUGAAGGACAUGCUGGGAACGGCACAUCUGGGAAAAGAGGAGGUCGAAAACCUGAAAUUCCAGCAUAACCAAAAGACAAACGAGUUGGACAAAAUGGAACGGUUGCUGCUAGAGGAGAAGCUGGAGCUGGAGACCCUCCGGGACGCCUCCCGGCGCCAGCGAGGGGAGACGGAGCAGCAGAGGCGGCUCCUCCAGGAGGCUCAGCAGGAGGCCGGGCGGCUGGCCUCCCAGCUCCACCUGCUGCAAAGCCACGUCGAGGCUCUGAGCCAGGAGAAGCGGCAGCUGGAAGCCGACUGCCAGAGCCUGGAGGAGAAGCUCAGCCAGACCAGAAGAACCUUAGCCUCCACGGAAGAUAACAACAAAACUCUUCUCGCCAGCAAGGAAAAAUCCGUUUUGGAUUUCCAAAAACUGCAGCUUGAAAUCGAUCAGCUUCACAACCAGAAAAUAGUCCUGAACCAGGAUAUCGCCGAGCUACAGAAGCAUUUGCACGGAAAAAAGGAGGAGUUGGACGUUUUGAAGACAGAACUGAACAAUUCCAGGCAUUACCUUCAGCUGCUGGAGCAGGACGUGAAAGUGGCCGCCAAGGAGAAGGAGGAUCUGAUCCAAGAACAGAAGGCCCUAAAGGACAACCUCCGCGAAUCUUCCAGGAAAUGCAAGGAGACCCAGGAAGGCCUAAGGGAAAAGGAGAGCCAGCUACACCAACUCCGCAAGGAGCUUGAGGAACAGGCGCUGAAACAGGCCGAACAAGAGACGGUCCUUCAGCAUCUCAGGGAAGAGGUCCAGCGCGAAGAGGAAAGGUUGGCCGAGGGUGCAGACAGGCUGAAGCACCAGCGGCACCAGAUGCAGCAGCUCGAGCGAGAGCUGGAAGAGAGGCAGGGCCAGCUGACCCAAGCUCUAGCCAAGGUCCAAGAGAUGGAAGAACGGACCCGGAAGCUCCAGAAGGGGGAAUCCCACCUUUCCGCUCUUGAAGAAAAGCUCCGCAAAGCCUGGCAUCAGCUCUCCGAAAAAGAACAGCGGCUUCAGGACAGAGCGGGCGAGGUUUCAUCCCUGCAGAGGGAACUCAGCCUGUCCAGAGCCGAGGAGCGGCUGCUCCAGGACCAGCUCCAAGCAGCCCACCUGAAAGCGGAGAAGCAAAUGGCCACCUUGAGGGAAACCAUCAAGGCUCAAAGGGCCCAGCUGGAACGGGCCCUUCAAGAGCAGAAGCAAGAGAACUACAGUUUGCAGCAAGAAAUAACCUCCUUGGAACAAGUGGCCCGAGAGAAUCACCAACGAGCCAAGCGGCUGAUGAGGGACCUUGUCCGCAUCCAAGAGGAGCACGCCCAACUCAAGUCACAGGUGAAGAACCAGGAGGAGCUGGAGAAGCAGCAGAAAGAGUUGAAGGGCACCGCCAAGCUGGUCAGGCUGGAAGUGAAGGGCAAACUGAGGAACGGUUUGAAGGAUCUGAGCCAGUCUCCUCCGGAGUUACUGGAGGGCAGAGAGGCUGACCUGGAAGGGAAGGGAAGGCUCUGGAACGACGUGGAAAGCCUGAAGGAAAACUACCCGUUCACCGAAAACAAGGCCGGGAGGCGGCUUUGGGAGGAAAAGCUGGACCUGUCUAAAGUCCACAUCACGGAUGAACAGUGGCGUGGAAAGGUGCGCCGGGAACAACUGCAGCACCAGGAGGAUCGUCUCAAGGCCCAGCUCCGGCAAUGCAUGUCGAAGCAAGCGGAGGCGUUAAUCAAAGGGAAGCAGCAGACGGAGGGCACCCUGCACAGCCUGCGGAGACAGGUCGAUGCCCUGGACGAGCUGGUGAGCUGCAGCAGCUCAACGGAGUCCUUGUUUCCCUCGUUAAACUCCUCGGGACUCACCGAUGCCAAGAACCAGUCCACCACAGCCCCUUCGCCCUGGACGACUGCAGACACUUCAGGCCAACCUCAAGUGAUUUAUCCGCUCUAAGACGUAGCUUCAACAAAGCAG